GCAUCCUUCUAUUAAUGCGUUCCCCUGCCCCUAUACUACACUAUAGUAUACCCCUUCUCCCCACAAUUAUUAUUUGCACAUUGCAAACAAAUUAAUCAGUGCAUACUUAUAGAGAGAGAAAGAGUGAUAUUAUUAAGAGAGUGAAAAAAGCUCAUCAUGGAGGUUGUUGGCAUGAAGAAGGAGAAUAUGAGGUUUGAGGAAACUGAGUUGAGACUUGGGAUUGGAUUGCCUAGAAAUGGAUCAGCUACUGAAGAAUUAGUUGUAAGGAAGAGAGGUUUUUCUGAGACUGAAACUCAAGAUCAUACUAUGGAUUUGAUGCUUAAUCUUUCCACUAAUAAGGAACCUACUUCUGAGGUAGAUCCAAUUGAUAACACCAAGAUUUUGCAAAAGGAGAACACCCUUUUGCCUGCAGAUCCAGCCAAACCUCCUGCAAAGGCGCAAGUGGUGGGUUGGCCACCUGUGCGGUCGUACCGGAAGAACAUGUUAGCAAUGCAAAAGAGUAGUAAUGAUGUUGUUGGAGAGGAAAAUAAUGCAAUUAGCUUUGUGAAAGUUAGCAUGGAUGGAGCACCUUACCUUCGCAAAGUGGACUUGAAGAUCUACAAUAGUUACUCUCAACUUUCUGAUUCCUUAGGCAAAAUGUUCAGCUCCUUCACCAUUGGCAACUGUGAAUCUCAAGGAAUGAAGGAUUUCAUGAAUGAGAGCAAGCUGAUGGAUCUUUUGAACAACUCUGAUUAUGUCCCAACCUAUGAAGACAAGGAUGGUGACUGGAUGGUUGUUGGUGAUGUACCAUGGGAGAUGUUUGUUGAAUCAUGCAAGCGUUUGCGUAUCAUGAAAGGAAAGGAGGCUAUUGGUAUUGCACCAAGAGCCAUGGAGAAAUGCAAGAACAGGAGCUACUAGCUAGCCGCAAUACGAUCGAAUCCUUAAUUUGUCAUAUUGUGGUUUGGCUUAGUAACUAAAGCAAAGAUACUUAAGAUGCAGCAGCCACGAAUUAAUGGACAUAACAAUGUGUUCUAUUAUAGUUAAUUUUGUGUAUUGUUAUGGUUUUAUUAUAUUUAUAUUUAUUUAUAAUGUUUGAUACAAAAAUACAAUGAGAGUCUGUAGUACUAAUUAGUAUGAACAGAAACAAUAAACGACUCUAAAUUAUGUUGUUAGGCUUGGCUUUUUUAUAUAUCUUUGCUUUACCGUGUUUGCUUGCUUAAUUAAUAUUAAUUAAGGACAUAUGUUUUGUCUA